AUGACUUUCAAAGUCGAAGAAUGCGAUGAUUCAGACAUGCCCCACACAUUCGAAAUCAUCAGCCAAGCAUUCGCUCACGAACACCAAUAUAUCGACGCAGCAUUCCCAGCGCACAGCGAGCCAGCCAGCCGCGCAAACGGAGCAUCACGUAUGCUUAGCACGAAACACCAAGAUCCAUGCGCCAAAUUCCUCAAAGUCAUCGAUCAAGAUACCGGCACGAUGAUAGCACAAGCUAAAUGGAAUAUCUACCAAAACACAAUACCGCCUGAAUUCGAUCUCGAUGGCGAAUUCUGGGACGACGAGGAAGAGAAGGAGUAUGCGCAGUUAUUGUGUCGAGAGUAUUUACUCCCGAGGCGUGAAGCGAUUCGAGAUUCUGGUGGAAACUUGAUGCGUGAGAAUGCCCUUUAGAUUGUUUCUAGCGAUUGUGAAAAGGUUGUCUAAUCAUGAUAUGGACGGGUUCAGCGCUUGAACUUCUAACGGUGGACCCGAAAUUUCAACGCCGUGGCGCGGGACGUCUUUUGGUCCAAUGGGGAACAUCUUUGGCUGAUGAACUUGGAUUCGCCGCUGUGGUUGAAGCGACGGACUGUGGAGUGGGCUUGUAUCAAUCCGAGGGGCUUGAAGAUCGCGGUCGGUGGCAGACGAGACUUCCGAAGAAAUGGGAGAAUUCUAGGGGAAAGCAGAGGUUCACCUGGAUGGUUAGACCUGCUGGAAAUAACUUUGGAAAUUAG